UGAAAAGUCAGUAUUGCAAGAGCUUCCAUACAGUUCAGAGUAAUUCACGUCCUUAUUCAGAACUGUGCAUGUUUAUUUAACAAGUGAUCGAGAAGUGAGAGCAAUAAGAUAAAAUGUCAGCCAUACAAUUUCAUGAAGCUACAAAUGGAUUUACACAAGACAAUAAGAAAAGAAAUGAUGAGAAAUGCGGCAGUUUUAAGUCUCUUCUAUCACAUUCCAUACGUGAAAUAAAUCUAUCGGUCAGAUAUGCAACAGCUAGUGAAACUGGACUUGAUGGACCCGAUCAGGUAUUGGCUACAGACGUAGAUACUACGUGUGAAGCUAAAGGUAAAGUGCGGAUAAAAUUAGAUAAGAAUGGAUACAAUUCGUGCAUACCUAUGUCAAUUCCUGGAGUUUUCAUGAAAACAGCAAAUCGUUAUCCUGAUCAUAUUGCGUUGGUCUCUAGUCCUGGUAUCGAUGGCAAGAGGACUAUGUAUACUUAUCGAGAAUACGAACAGGCUGUAAGGACUGUCGCUAAAGCAUUUUUAAAAUUAGGUUUAGAGCGAUAUCAUAGUGUUUGUAUAUUAGGAUUCAAUAGUCCGGAAUGGUUCAUCACCGAUCUUGCAGCUAUAUAUGCUGGCGGAUUUGCUACAGGAAUUUAUACCACAAGUUCUCCAGAUGCAUGCCAAUAUUGCGCCGAACAUAGUCAGGCAAAUAUAAUAGUUGUUGAAGACACGAAACAAUUGGAGAAAAUUUUACAAAUAAGACAAAAUCUGCCUAAUUUAAAAGCGGUUGUCCAAUACAAUGGUAUACCUACUGAAAAAGAUAUUUUAAGCUGGAAUGAUUUAUUGGAAAUAGGUAAACAGGAAUCAGACAGUAAAUUACUAUCUGUGUUAAAAACAAUUGGAGCAAACGAAUGUUGUACUUUAGUUUACACGUCAGGAACAGUUGGAAACCCGAAAGCUGUAAUGUUGAGCCAUGAUAAUCUCUUGCACGAUGUACGAAUGAUAUUUUCCGCGAUACAAGUAAAUGAAAAAUCGGAGAUUGUAGUUAGUUAUUUACCAUUAUCUCAUGUUGCAGCUCAGCUAUGUGAUAUUAUAGGAAGUGUACUUGUAGCAACUACAGUAUAUUUUGCGGAUAAAAACGCGCUCAAAGGUUCGUUAGUAGAAACGUUGGUUGUGGCGCAACCAACUCUUCUAUUAGCGGUACCGAGAGUAUGGGAAAAGAUAUACGAAAAAAUGCAAGAAAAGGCACGCAGUAACGGAGUAAUAAAGACCUAUAUAGCUAGAUGGGCAAAAGCGCAAGGGCUUCAUUAUCACACAAAUAAAAUUAAUGGCGUGGAUUAUAAAAACUGGAGCUAUAUUUUUGCAAAAUGGCUUGUUUUUGAUAAAAUAAAGGCAGCAUUGGGUCUACAGAAAUGCCGAAUAUUUGUUACUGCAGCAGCACCUUUAAAUAGCGAUAUUAAAAAAUAUUUUUUAAGUUUAGAUAUACCUAUAAUAGAGGCAUACGGAAUGUCUGAAUGUGGUGGUGGCCAUACAUUAAGCAAUUAUACAGAAUAUAGAUUAGAUGGUGUUGGAACUACUUUAUCUGGGGCAUAUACAAAAUUGGAUAAUAUAGAUGAAUAUGGUGAAGGGGAAGUCUGCAUGAGCGGACGACACAUAUUUAUGGGUUAUUUAAAUGCACCAGAGAAAACUGCAGAAGCUAAAGAUAAAAAUGGUUGGUUACAUAGUGGUGACCUUGGCAAAAUAGAUUCAAAUGGGAUUUUGUCUAUUACCGGUAGAAUAAAAGAACUUAUAAUCACAAGUGGAGGAGAAAAUAUAUCACCAUUAAAUAUUGAGCAAGCAAUAUUGUCAGAGUUACCAGCAUUAAGUAAUGCUAUGUUAGUUGGAGAUAAAAGAAAAUAUUUGACAGUUCUUGUCACACUUAAGAGCAAUAUGAAUAGCGAAACUGGUGAACCUUUAGAUACACUGAAUCCUAGCGUAUUACAAUGGGCAAAAUCUAUUGGUAGUAAUGCAAAGACAGUUACAGAUGUCAUAAGCUCUCAUGAUCCACUCAUAUAUAAGGAAAUCGACAAAGCGAUCAAAAGAGCAAACGAGCAAGCUAUAAGUAAUGCUCAAAAAGUACAAAAAUUCGAAAUUCUUCCACAUGACUUUUCUAUUCCAACUGGUGAAUUAGGACCUACAUUAAAGCUUAAAAAGAAUAUAGUUCUGAAAAUGUAUGCUGAUUUAAUAGAUAAAAUGUAUCAGUAAAAUCCACUAUAUUCUGUUAUAUUGUUAUAUAUUUUGAUUUAUUUUGGCGUUUAUAAUAAAAAGUUC